GGCCCCGAGCCCGGCCCCGAGCCCGGCCCGGCGGGAGGCGAGCGGGGCCGAGCAGGAUGCCCGAGGAGCGCGGCCCUGUCCCACCAUGUCGGUCUCCAAGCUGCAGGACACGGACGAGGUUUUUGAUUUUACCGCUGUGGUUCCAGAGACGCCGCGUUUGGACAGCAGCCUGCACAAGGCCCGUGCCCGGCUCCUGGCCCGCGGCCGCCGCCAGCGGCCCUCGCGCUCCCGCCUGCGCGACAGCGCCAGCUCCACCGAGGGCGACGAGGGGCCCGAGGCCGCGGGCACCGAGGGCGAGGGCAGCCCCCCGGCCCCCUCGCCCUUCUCCCGCACCGACGGCUUCUCCUUCGAGCCGGGGGUGGCACGGCCGGGCCUGGGGGACCCCCCGGCCCCCACGCCCCCCCUCAGCCGCUACCGGCCCCUCACCAACACCCCAUCCCAGGAGGGGCUCUCGGGGCCCCCCGCACCCCAGUCCUGCCCCAGCUCCGACAGCUCCCCCGGCUUCGGCCGCCGCCACCCCCGGCCCCGGCAGCACAGCGAAGAUGACAGCCGGGACAUGAGCCCCCCCUCUCCCGCCAGCCCGACCGUGGGGCUCGAUAAGAAAACGAGGAGGAAAUUCUUGGAUUUGGGGGUGACCCUGCGCCGGGCAUCCUCUGGGAAGAGCCGCAAGGAGAAGAGCAGCAACCGCCUGUCCAUGGGCAGCAGGGAUGUGUCAGAGGGCCCCGGCCGCCCCUCGGGCUCCCCAUUCCUGCCCUUCUCCUGGUUCUCGGACAGCGCCCGGGGCUCGCCCGGCCCCGCGUCCCCCGCGGGCUCCCCCCGGCACGAGGGGCUCAGCCCCCCCAAAUCCGCCUCACAGGACUCGGAGCUGAGCGAGGACUCGCCCCCAUCCAGCGCCAGCCCGCGCCUGCCGGGCCCCCCCAAGUGCUCGUACCCGUACCACACGCUGUCGCAGUCCUCGGACGAGCUGCUGGAGGAGCCGGCGGGCGCGGCCGCGGGCUGGACGUGCGGCCAGGUGGGGCAGUGGCUGCAGAGCCUGGGCCUGGAGCGCUACGUGCGGGAAUUCGCCGAGCGCGGCGUGGACGGGCCCCGCCUGCUGCUGCUCGAUGGGGCCAAGCUCAAGGCGCUGGGCGUGGGCAGCUCGCAGGACCGCGCGGUGCUCAAGCGGCGGCUGAAGGAGCUGAGCGCGGCGGCCGAGCGGGAGCGCAAGGCCCGGGACAAGGCGGACAAGCAGCGCGACAAGCACAGGAAAAAGGCGGAGCAGGAGCAGCGGCGGAGCUGAAAACCGGGGGGUCCCGCACCCCAUCCCCACCCAGAGCCCCCCGGGACACACGCGGGGCACGGCCAGGGGACACCGGCCCGGCCCCUUUGGGGAUGCAGAGGGCACUGGGACACCCCCAGCCCGUCCUGCCACCCCACUGUCACCACCCCGAGGGGUCCCGGCCGCUCCCCACCCGCACCCCUGGCACAGGAGGGGACAGGGCACAGCCCGACCCCCCCUCACACACGGGCACCCCCAAAUGGG